CGUUUCGCACGUGACACCGUAGCCGGUUUCGGUGCGGGACUGGGUGGAAAUACCUGAGGCGGGAGGCUCUGGCGUCUGCAUCCCCCCUUCAGGUUUCGGCCUGUAGAACCUCAGGGGUUUGGAGCAGCCGGCGUCGUUUGUUCACCGAGAGCAAUCGGCGACGCGCGUGAACUCCGGGCGCCUACGACGCGGAUUCAGCAUCUGGUUCACCUCUGGUUCACUUCUCAACCCCGCACCCAACUCCGUCCGCGCGAGCUCUUACGAAAGCGAUACUCUGAAAUGUCGGGUCGGACUGUCAUUUGCAUCGGUAGAGGGGGGGGGGCUGGGCGCGUCUGCGGCCCCCCCACACACACACGCACACACACAAAGCCAGUGUGAGUGAAUCAGAAGGUGCUGGCAAUCAAUCAACAGCAGCAGAGAAUCGAUCGUCGCUGUUUUGACUUUGACCAGUCCGACGUGAUUAGUCUGCGGGGCGAUAAUUACCGGUAUCGUCCGGGGGGAUGUUGGUGUUGAGAGCAAAUAACUGGCGGAUGUCCUCGCAGCUUCAACGUUCAGAAAGCCGAGGCCAUGGUCAGAAAGCAUGUGGAGUUCAGGAGGCAGAUGAGAGUUGACACCAUCGUAUCUGACUGGAGACCCCCAGAGGUGAUUGAGAAGUACGUGUCUGGGGGGAUGUGCGGCUACGACAGAGAGGGAAGUCCCAUCUGGUACGACGUGAUCGGUCCCCUGGAUCCUAAGGGUCUGCUGCUGUCGGCCACCAAACAGGACUACCUCAGGACCAAGAUCAGAGACACAGAGAUGCUGCAACAGGAGUGUCAGAGGCAGUCUGAGAAGCUGGGGAAGAACAUUGAAGCCAUCACUCUGAUCUACGACUGUGAAGGACUGGGACUGAAACACAUGUGGAAACCUGCUGUUGAGGCCUAUGGGGAGAUCCUCACCAUGUUUGAAGAGAACUAUCCGGAGGGGCUGAAGAGGCUGUUUCUCAUCAAAGCUCCCAAAAUGUUUCCCAUGGCCUACAACCUAAUCAAACACUUCCUGUGUGAGGAAACACGGCGCAAGAUCAUCAUUUUAGGAAGUAGCUGGCAAGAAGAGCUACGCAAACACAUCCACCCAGAGCAGCUUCCUGUGGCGUACGGAGGAGCCCUGACCGACCCCGACGGAGACCCUCGCUGCAGGACCAUGAUCAGGUACGGCGGCACGGUGCCCAGGUCGUACUACGUUCGGGACUCGGUGAGGGUUGAGUACGACGGCAGCGUGAGCAUCAGCCGCGGCUCCGUCUUCCAGCUGGAGCGUGAGGUGACCGCGCCCAGCAGCCUCCUGAGGUGGCAGUUUGCCAGCGACGGCGCAGACAUCGGGUUCGGGGUGUACAGACGCACCAAAGAGGGCGGCGGCCAGAAGGUGGCCGAGAUGCUGCAGGUCCUGCCCAGCGAGCGCUACAACGCACACCUGGUCCCCAAGGACGGCUGCCUCGCCUGCCCCGAGCCUGGAUCCUACGUGCUGUGUUUUGAUAACAGCUACAGCCUCCUUCAGUCUAAGAGGGUGAGCUACAAGGUCGAGGUUCUUCCUCCUCCGGACGGACAGAUGCAGAAUCAACCCAGCAGAGGAGACGGGAGGCUGCAGUGAUCCAGUCCUCGCAUCAAAAUCCAGAUCCCCGAGCCCUGUUACCAGUGACGCACGGCGAAGUCGCUGCCUCUAGGGCGGGAUUAACCUUCUUCGGGGCAACCAGGAAAAAAAAUGAGCAGUGGACUGUCAACCCCCCCAAUCUGUGCAUUGUGUAUGUAUUAAUUUGUAAUAAGUGAUUUGUGGUAACUUGAUUAAAGAGUAACCGACCACCAGGAAAAGCUGAAACGCAGCAGCCAUAUUCCUCACAGCACCAGAAUGUCUGAAAUUUACCAAUAGUCAAAUGUUCAGUGGUGAGAACCGACUUAUUUAGACUUCAAGUGGCCAUGUUGUGGCGCAAGGACUCGUCGCUCCGUGUGCUGAUCUCUCCCCUAGAAAAACCCGGUCGUGCACGAACGUGGCAGAGAAACCUGCCUUUCUCCAGGAGAAAUCCACCUGAGGAAAUCCGGUUUCUCUGAUCCCCCUACCCUGAUUACAGAAACCAGGUUUCUUGCUCACGAGAAAUCGCGUAAGAAAUCAGCGUAGUGGAGAAAGCCGACUGCGUGGACGGACGACAUGCCG